AUGGGUGUUCAAUAUGUGUUUUCUCGCAAGGCGAGAUCGUCUGAUACAUUUAUACUAGUAGCCCUCUGCUUUGCAUUGUUUACAGAUACUUUUGUUUAUGGCAUUAUUGUCCCUAUUCUGCCUUUCCUGUUGAUGGACCAUGGCCAUACGACUGAGGAAAAUGUUCAGCAAUGGACAUCCCUGUUGUUGGCAAGCUACGGCGGUGCCCUUCUCGUCGGCUCCCCCGUGGCCGGAUACCUCAGCGACAAAUAUCGCGCCCGCAAAGCACCGCUGAUCUCCGGCUUUGUCGCCAUCGCCCUCGCGACAAUCCUCUUCGUCUCUGCACGUAGUGCCUGGCUCCUACUCGUAGCGCGAGUCUGCCAGGGUCUCUCGGGUGCAGUUGUAGGGGUUCUAGGACUGAGCAUGAUCGCUGAGACAGCCAGUCCCCAGAAUUUGGGGGCGUACAUGGCGUGUGGAUCCACAGCAUUGACCUGGGGAAUGCUUUGUGGACCGAUGGCUGGCGGCUUUCUGUUCGCGAAAUAUGGCACCAUGGGUGCCUUUGGGGUUCCGGUAGCGCUUUUGGUGGUGGAUAUUGUUCUCCGGCUGAUGAUGGUGCAAGGGGAUGAAGGUAAAGGCAAGAGCCCCGAGGCUUUCGCCAAAGACGACCCGCAAGAGAAUUCUCCUCUUUUGAACGACGAGCCCGCGGAGGAGGAUUCCUUGAAAUUCUAUCAUUUCUUGCAUCCCAUUCUCCUCGGUGUUAUCUUCACCGUGCUGGCCGUAUCCUCUAUCCUAUCUGCGUUUGAGACGACUCUCCCUCUUUACGUGAUCCAAACAUACCGCUGGUCCAGCAUGGGUGCAGGAUUCGUAUUCCUCCCAUUAACGAUCCCGUCCGUGUUAAGCAUUCCCAUUGCCCACUUUGUGCGACGCUUGAAACCACGCGUGGUUGUCGUGACCGGCUUCGUCGUCAUGACCAUUCCGAUGAUUUGCUUGCGGUGGACGCAGGCCAAUACCGCUCGUCACGAGACUAUUCUAGUCACCCUGCUUUUCAUUAUCGGGGUCUGCCUUGCUUCGGUACAGGCGAUCAUCAUGGGCGAUGUCUCGAAUGCCGUCCGUCGAAUCGAGCGCAUGUACGGAAUUGCAGACGAGAAAAGCAGCGGCCAAGGGAGGGGCUAUGCACUCUGCAACAUGGCGUUUGCUGCAGGCCAGGCGGUCGGGCCGAUUGCUGGAGGGUACAUCAAGCACGGACUGGGAUGGAGCGUUAUGACGCUGUUUCUUGGGGCUCUCUGUUUAGUCGCGGCGGUGUCUUCACUCUUCUCCAUCUCACCCGAGCCGCCUACGGAAAAGGCAGAGGAUGAAAUGGAUUGUUGUGAGGCUUAA